AUGGCAAAUUGGUUUCUAUCAAAUUUUCCCUGGAAGACAGUGGGUGUUUAUUCGAUUAUUUUAACAGUCUUUUCUUUUUGGAUUCUAAAUCCUGCUCCACUAUUUUUUAUAUUUUUGGGCGUUAUUCCAUUAUCUAUGUAUUAUGCUAUAACCGCUGAAAAUUAUGAUUCUAUAUUGAAUGCAGAAAUCGUUAUUCUAGAAUUUAUUGACAAGAGACCGUUCAAGGAAACCGAAUACAUGAAAAAGGAAGAAAUUUUGCAAGCUAUCUUGUAUAAUGUUAACAACCAAGUGUAUCGUAGAAAGGGAAUUAAUUACGGAUACACCAGUACAAAUGCCUUGCUUCUGACAUAUAACUCUUACAUUUUAAAAUUUGAAAACAAAUAUUUAAAACAUUACAAAGAUACACCUGUGGAAGAAAUUCAAGGAUGGGAUAAAAUUAUGUUAGUAGCUAAAAACAUUCAAGAUGAAGAUAUAAAUUCUGCUUAUAAAAGCGUGGUCUCUCCAGAAUUGAUUGAUAAAUAUAGUAAAAAAAAGCCAAUGAUUGCGUCUAAAUCCGAUGGUAAGCUGCUAGAUGAGCAUAUUAAGAAAAGUAACUGA